UUACAGACGCAUCCGCCCACCUCUCCUUCCAAAAUAAUCGCGCUUUGUGUGUCCAACAUGUCGGCGCCCGUGGAAGUGGUCGUGUCUGCGGAUUCAUCGGGACAGCUGUGGAACUGCGCAGUUUUCGACCCUCAUUCCGGGACAAAUCUCCUGUCCUACCGUGGGGGUAACACCUCAUCUAGGUCUUUAACAGUCUUGAAUGGGGAAUACAUUUUAGGAGCUCAACUCGGCAAGAACUUCAUAAACGUGUGGGAAAUCCAGAGAAAGGACCAGUUACAGCAGAAGAUCGUAUGUCCUGGGGUUGUUACCUGUCUGUGUGCAUCCCCUAAUGGUCUCUAUGUCUUAGCAGGCAUUGCUGAUUCUAUAUAUCUGUGGGAGGUGUCAACAGGCAAUCUGUUGGCCAUUUUGAGUCGUCACUAUCAGGAUCUGACCUGCAUCUGUUUCACUGACGACAGCAGCCAUUUUGUUUCGGGUGGGAAAGAUAACCUGGCACUCAUAUGGAAUCUCUCCAGUGUUGUUCAGCUGGAUUCGCCCCGGACGCCAGAACCACGUCACAUCCUGAAGCUCCACUCCCUCCCCAUCACAGACAUACACUGUGGCCUAAUGGGACCACAAGCCCGUGUUGCCACAGCAUCUUUAGAUCAAACCGUAAAGGUCUGGGAAAUUUCUUCUGGGCAGAUGCUCCUGUCGGUUCUUUUUGAUGUUGGUAUCGUGUCUGUGACCUUUGACCCCUGCGAGUACUUCCUGUUUUGUGGAGGGAGCGACGGCAAUAUUUUUCAGGUGUCUCUCUGCAGCACGAGUUUAAGCCGGGAGAAAACCUUCCAGUCGGACAACGAUGGCAAUCAGGUCUUCAAAGGACACAGAAAUCUGGUGACAUGUCUGUCUGUAUCUAUGGACGGCACGCUCCUUCUGUCCGGCUCCAAUGACGAGACUGUCAGGAUGUGGGACGUUCAAAGCAAGCAGUGCAUUCGGUCCAUCAACCACAAAGGUCCUGUUACCAAUGCAUUCAUCAUACCAGCACCUGCCAACAUGUUUCUGCCCGACAGUCGUCCAGCCAUCCCAUUGCCACAGUUCAGUCGCCACCUGAACCCGUCAGAGCAGGGAGACGGUACAGGCGUUGACGGCGUGUGUCUGAGACCGGGAGCUAACACACAGCUGCAUGUUGGUGAUAUGAUUGGACCAGAGGAAGUUUUAAUGCAGCUUUCACAGAUGGAUAUGUCGGCCCUCCACCGCCGAGCUGGAGGGACAUAUAUGGAGAAAGCAGACGAGCUCUACUCUCUGAUGUGUGCUAUCACAGACAAGAGCGUGUUUGGUGAUGGAGAGAACACAAAGGUACGAGUGUCUGAACUGGAGGAGGAAGUGAGAACUUUGAAGAAGAUCAAUAAAGACCUGUAUGAGUUCUCCACUCAGCUUCUGACCAAACCCAACUAGAUGAGCUUUCAUCUCCAUCAAAGAACUGUCAAGAUAACUUGAGAUACUGGACUAAAACACCACCAACCUCAGGUUAUUCCUAAGCAUUUGAAGUGACCACAGUUCAUGAUUUUAUGCUGGUUUAGUAUGUGACGUUUACUUUUGUAGUCUUAAAUAUAAAAUGUUUCACUUGUUCUUCUUCUCUUAUGUUAUAAAGAAUUGACAUACAAUCGAUUAAAAAGUAUCUGUAAAAAAUAAUUCAUCUGUGUGACU